UACUUCGUCUAUUGAUAACCUCGUACUUUAUUAGUCACCGAUAAAAAAUAUCAUUGCGACAUCGCUACAUUCCUCCCUCUCUAACCCCUCUCUCUUCCGUCAAUCAAUUCACCCAGUGGACGUACAGAAAAGACAAAGACUCCAUGUCGUCAUUUGGCCACUACUUUCGCGUGACGACCGCCGGCGAGUCCCACGGCAAGACCGUCUCAUGCAUCAUCGAGAACUGCCCGCCAGGGCUGUCCCUCGAUGAGUCCGACAUCCAGCCGCAGCUCAACCGCCGGCGUCCGGGCCAGUCGGCCAUCACCACCCCGCGCGACGAGAAGGACCGCGUGACUAUAGGAUCCGGAUGCGAAUUUGGGCGCACAUUGGGCACACCCAUACUCCUGACCGUGCCUAACGAGGAUCAACGCCCUCACGACUAUGGCUCGAAGACCAUCGACCUCUACCCGCGCCCCUCCCACGCCGACUGGACUUACCUCGAGAAGUAUGGUACAAAGGCCUCCUCUGGAGGCGGCCGAAGCAGCGCCCGCGAGACUAUUGCCCGUGUCGCCGCUGGCGCUGUUGCCGAGAAAUGGCUGCGCGAGGCUUACGGCGUCGAGAUCGUUGCUUUUGUUUCCUCGGUUGGCAACAUCAAGCUCUUUGAGGACAGGCUUGUAACCGAUAGCGACGAUAUCGACUCCCUGAGCGGCAACCCUAGGUUCCUCGAGUUUGUUGAUACCCUAACCCGCGAGAAGGUCGAUGAGUUCCUUCCCGUGCGCUGCCCUGAUGCUACCAUCGCGAAGCGUAUGGAGGACAAGAUCGCCGAGCUCCGUGAUCAGCACGACUCUACUGGUGGUACUGUGACCUGUAUCAUUCGCGGGUGCCCUCCCGGCCUCGGCGAGCCGUGCUUUGAUAAGCUUGAGGCUCUCCUUGCCCACGCUAUUAUGUCUAUUCCUGCUACCAAGGGUUUUGAGAUUGGCUCUGGCUUCCGCGGCGCCGAGAUGCGCGGAUCCCGCCAUAACGACCCCUUCGUGUCUACUGCCGUCGCCGACGAUGCGACGCGGAGCGCUAGCGCUGGCAUUCCUCCCUCUCGCCUGCAGACCAAGACAAACCACUCCGGCGGUAUCCAGGGUGGCAUCUCCAACGGCAUGCCCAUCUUCUUCCGCGUUGCGUUCAAGCCCCCCGCUACAAUCUCCCAGGACCAGACUACUGCUCGCUACGACGCUUCGGGCGAAGGCAUCCUGGCCGCCAAGGGCCGUCACGAUCCUAAUGUUGCUCCUCGCGCGGUUCCUAUCGUCGAGGCCAUGGCCGCUCUGACUAUUGCUGACGCCCUCAUGGCUCAGCACGCGAGGCAGAUGGGCCUGAAGAUUGCCGCAGCUGGACGGUAGUACAUUUCGGCCAUGUAAAGAACAAUCGAAGGGCGGUCUCUGGAAGCGUCGGCGCUCACGCAAGAGGAUGCGAAGGGUAUUUCGUUGGCGACGAUGAGAGAAUCUGGCCGUGCGAGGAAGAAAAAGAUAGACAGCAGCAGAUGGUGAAAGAUCAAGCGUCGGCGCCCGUCUUGAGGGAGUACGGAUGCUCGGCUACAUCACCUCCAGGGGAUCAUCUUUGGCACUAAAGAAAAAGAAAAAGAAAACUGCCAUACUUGAAUGCGGAGUAUUUCUCACUACAGGGUAGCAGAGACUAGCUUCGUGAAAGACCCCAAUCAAAUACAUUUCGCAAAAGAAUCA